CAGCAAUUGAAUUCAUGUCACUAAACAACGCAUUCGACUCUACUUCGCAUAUUCCUCUGCUCGUGCUAGGAAAGGGAUUUAUUGGUAGUUACGUUGUGGAUCUCUGCACUAGCUCAAGUAUUCCUGUUGCAUCCACAACUACCACUGGUCGUGAUGACACCAUUCCUUUCAAGUUUGAUCCAUUAGCUACUCUUCCAUCAACGCAAGAUGACCGUUCUAGUACCGAUCAAUACUACAAUUUACCAACUGCAUUGACAGUGUUGAUUACGUUUCCAAUGAUGGGAUCUCAUGUACCAACUGUCUUUUCUAUGCUUUAUGCUCAUACUCAUCCAUUGCAUCCAUCUCCCAACUUGAUUCUACUUGGAUCUACAAGUGCAUGGAAAACUGAUGUUUCCGUAUUGGAUCAAAAACCAGGGUCUAAUGUAUGGCUGGAUCGACAUUCCCCCAUAGAUAUCGAGUCCGAUGCAAGACUUCAAGCCGAGCAAACCGUUUUACAGUCUAAAGGGGUCGUUCUCAACCUAGCUGGGUUAUGGGGAGAUAAGCGACAUCCACGCAACUGGGUCAACCUCAUCGCACCCACCAAACUUGCCUUGGCUAGCAAAACAUCAUUACAUCUAGUACACGGCAUGGAUGUUGCUAGAAUUGUUCUAGCCUUGAUUUCUCGUCCAUUCAGUUCUGGAGAACGUUGGAUUGUGACAGAUCUGAAUGUGUAUGAUUGGUGGCAAGUUGUCUUGGCAUGGAGUAUUCAAAAACAAUCUUGUAAUCCAGUGGCAGAUGAGAAUAACCCUGCUAUAUGGGUCAAGGAAUUGAUGGAAGAAAGAGGUGUUCGUGGACUGCCCAGAUCUUCCACUGAUUUAUUGCGUGCCUUGGACUCGAGAGAUGUGUGGUCACAAUUGGGUUUGGUGGGUCCAUGCUAUACACUCAUGAAUGAUCCUUGUCCAGUGUUGCCAUUCUAGCAGUUGUGCUUUAUUUUAUUUGCUCAUUUUGGCUUCUUUUUUUGAUUGAAUGAAUCGCAUCAAAUCUG